CUCUCUCCCUCAACUCGAACCACUUCAAUCCGAGCUCGUCAUUAAUGGUGUUAUUCCCUCAGAUCUGAAGGAAAUACAUGUGCUAAUUUGCUACAAGCAUUGGAGUUUUAUCUACAGUUGAUUGAUUGUAAGUAAUCGAACUUAAUUUCUCACUUUCGGGCGAGGUAUUUGUAGGUUUUUGUUACCGGAGGUGAAAUAUGGUGUACUCGUUGCCGGAGGAGGUGUUGGAGCAUGUUUUUUCGUUUAUAACACUUGAUAAGGACAGGAAUGCUGUUUCGUUAGUGUGUAAGUCGUGGUACGAGAUUGAGCGGUGGUGCCGGAGGAGGAUUUUCGUUGGGAACUGUUACGCCGUGAGUCCGAGUAUCAUGACCAGGAGGUUUCCGGAGGUUAGGUCGGUGGAGUUGAAAGGGAAACCACAUUUUGCAGACUUUAAUUUGGUGCCGGAGGGUUGGGGAGGGUUUGCUUGCCCUUGGAUCAGUGAGAUGUCUAGGGCUUAUCCUUGGUUAGAGGAGAUCAGGCUUAAACGGAUGGUUGUUACAGAUGAGAGUCUGGAGUUGAUCUCGACGUCGUUUAAGAACUUUAAGGUUUUAGUUUUAUCUUCGUGUGAGGGUUUCAGUACAGAUGGACUUGCUGCUAUUGCUGCUAAUUGCAGAAAUUUGAGAAAAUUGGACUUGCGGGAGAGCGAGGUGAUGGAUUUGAGUGGGCAUUGGCUAAGCCACUUCCCUAAUACUUGUACCUCAUUGGAGUCUCUUAACAUUGCCUGCCUGGGUUCUGAGGUCAGCUUCUCUGCCCUUGAACGCCUGGUUGGUCGCUCACCCAACUUGAAGAUUCUUCGACUCAAUCGUGCUGUACCACUUGAAAAGCUCUCCACCCUACUGUGCCGGGCCCCGCAGCUGGUCGAGUUGGGUACAGGUGCCUACUCUUCGGGAAUCCGGUCUGAUGUAUAUUCAAGUCUAUCCAAGGCUUUUCUGGGCUGCAAGGAGCUUAAGGGACUGUCGGGGUUUUGGGAUGUGGAUCCAUCAUAUCUUCUAGCUUUCUAUUCUGUUUGUUCUAGGCUGACUUCGUUGAACCUGAGUUAUGCUACCAUUAGAAGUCCUGAUAUCACCAAGGUCAUCAGUCAGUGUCCUAAUCUGCAGCGUCUAUGGGUAUUGGAUCACGUGGAGGACAGCGGGCUCAAUGCCGUUGCUUUGUCCUGCAAGGACCUACGAGAACUGCGGGUGUUUCCUUCCGACCCAUAUAUUGCUGAUGCAAACGUCACCUUGACAGAACAAGGCCUUGUUUCGGUUUCAGAGGGGUGCCCGAAGCUCCAAUCUGUUCUUUACUUCUGUCGGCAGAUGUCAAAUUCCGCUUUGAUUACCAUUGCUAGGAACCGGCCUAACCUAAUUUGUUUCCGGCUUUGCGUUAUUGAACCUCGAGCUCCCGAUUAUUUGACACUUGAACCACUUGAUGUUGGUUUUGGAGCCAUAGUAGAGCACUGCAAGGAACUUCGACGCCUUUCAUUAUCUGGUCUCCUGACCGAUCGUGUAUUUGAGUACAUAGGGAGACAUGCUAAGAGAUUAGAGAUGCUUUCUAUUGCGUUUGCAGGUAAUAGUGAUUUAGGCCUACAUCAUGUGUUGUCCGGGUGUGACGGCCUUCGGAAACUGGAGAUUCGAGAUUGCCCGUUUGGGGACAAGGCUCUCUUGGCUAAUGUGGCCAAGUUGGAGACAAUGCGAUCCCUUUGGAUGUCAUCGUGCGCGGUUAGUUAUGGAGCGUGUAAGUUUCUAAGUCAGAAAAUGCCUAUGCUUAAUGUCGAAGUUAUAGAUGAAAACGGUAGUUUAGAUUCGAGGUUCGAUAGCUGUCCUGUUGAGAAGCUUUACAUAUACCGUACUGUUGCUGGGCCAAGGUCUGACAUGCCUGGCUAUAUACGGACUAUAGAUCGAGAUCGUGUGAAUACAAUUUCUUGAGAUGUCUCCACGGAUUGAAUCCUCAUGGCGAUUAUGGGAGUUAUCGUGAUUAGCCAGCGUGCAGUCUAGAGAAGGAAAAGAUGCAUCUCCUGAGUUCUUUGGGGCACAUUUUUUCAUAUUUGACGUAUUUCUCCUUGUAGUAUUUAUUUAUACCCUUUUCUUGAUCUAACCAGAUCACACGUCUGUAUGUUAACAUUGUUCGCCUGUAUCCUGAUAAACUCAACCUUGUUUGAGAUUCAAAUUUCCAAAGAUUGUUCUCAUCA